AUGGUUGUAAUUUAUGAUAAUCAGAGAAAUAGAAAAAUAAGUAUGAAAAACUAUAGAACUAUUGGUUCUAGUUCUGCACGAUGUUACUUUCUUCUCACUGAACAAUGUGAUUAUAUCAAUACUAUGUACGGAUUUCGGAUUCUUCUCUUCCACUUGUUUCUGUUUAUUAAUUUUGUUAUGAUGACCAACGUUAUGAUACGUCUCGUAUCAAUAUCGGAUGAUCAAAAUUGGUGGGUGCUGCUUAUUUCAGUUAUAAUACGAUUAACUUCAAUGGGUACACUUUUAACACGUGGAAUACAUUAUUGUGAUCAAAGUUACAGUCGAAAUGAAAACAAUAUUUUGUGGAUAGAAAAAAUACUUUUAAAUAAAAACAUACCAUUGGAAACUCGAGAUUCGCUUGAAAAGUUCAAAAUGUUAAUUCGCUCAAAACCGAUAACUUUUCACGUGUUAAAUAUCUACAAACUAGAGUACAGCAUCAUUCUCUCUAUCAUUUCUACCGCCAUAACAUACACCUUGAUUUUAUUCCAAAAUGUAUCAUAAGAAUCAUCCCGAUUUUUUAAAUUUUUAAUAGGUAAAUAAAGGCACGUAAUUUAUUUGA